AUGUGCAAUGUAUCUCCGGAAAAGACCAACACGGUCCAGAGAUCAGGCGAGGAGUUGCCCCUGGGCUCGACGCCCAAUGCGCAGCGAACGAAUGCGAUGCCUGAUGCAUCAAGCGGAAAAUGGAUGCCGCGAUCGGGAUACUCAAACCACUCAUCCGCUUCGGCAUCGGCUUUUCCAAAUCCCAAUCAGGCACAUUACGGACCGUCUGCCCUGAACAUGAACCAUAUGGCCUACGCCCUCCCGACUCAUCAAUCGCCGACCUCGCCCUUUGAAGUUCAACAGCUCCCGCCCCAAUAUCUGCCGACGCACCCUCAGGUACUCCCAUACCCGAUGCAAUCCAUGGGUCAUUAUGCUGGCUCGAAUGCUGGAGGCAACAUGCCUUAUGCAAUGCCCUACGCGUCGGGCUAUAUGCCUUAUCCGAUGUCGCAACCAGGGCCUGCUCAACACACCACGGGCCAUUACCCGCAGUACGUCCCGAAUCCAACAAUGCAGAUGGUGCCGGGACAAGUCCCUCCGUACGGCGCAGGAUAUUAUCUUCCUGGAUAUGUCCCACUCUCCCGGCAUGGGUCACAGUCUGAACCGGUUCAACUGCGUAAUAUUCCAGGCAACCAGUCCCAACAGGGGAGCUUUUCGCAGCCAGUAUCUGGCGCGGCGUCUGGAACCUCUCGGACGAACACUGACAAGCGAGGCACGGGGGGAGAUUACGACGUGUCCAAGACCAUUGUGGACGGCUCCAAUCCCAAAAGACUUGCUCAGUCGGCAUCUACCGCCGUUGAUUCGCAGAAUCCCAGUCAGCCCUUGAUCCCUCCACCCGGUACUCCUCGCGGACCCCCUCGAAAGCCAAAACAAUCUGGCCACGCACUCUGGGUAGGCAAUUUGCCACCGGGCACCAGCGUGGUCGACCUCAAGGAUCACUUCUCCCAAGACGCAGUUGACAGUAUCGAAAGUGUGUUUCUGAUCUCGAAGAGCAAUUGCGCGUUUGUGAAUUACAAAUCCGCUGCCGCAUGCUCCGCCGCUCUUGCUCGCUUCCAUGAUUCUCGAUUUCAAGGGGUGCGCCUGGUGUGUCGACUCAGGAAAGGAUUCACUGCACCAGGGUCGGGGCUGAGCAUCGGUGCUGCAGGUGCAGGUGCAGGGCUAAACACAGGUGUCUCCCGGGCUCACCCCGAGGAUGUCCCCCGUUCUUCUACCAGUCUAGAGAUUGCGCCCUUGCGCGAGCCUUCAACGGCUGGACCACAGAUGGCUACGGCGCCUGCUCGAAUCUUGGAUCGAUACUUUAUCGUCAAGAGUUUGACAGUGGAGGAUCUGGAGUUGAGUCGUUACAGCGGAAUUUGGGCAACGCAGACGCAUAACGAAGUCAACCUGAAUCAUGCGUUUGAAAACACGGACAAUGUCUAUCUGAUUUUCUCGGCCAACAAAUCCGGUGAAUACUUUGGUUAUGCGCGGAUGCAAUCCUCCAUCAAUGAUGACGAAGAGCUCGCCCUGGAAAUGCCGCCUCGUCCCGACCCCCAUCCUGGUAUGACCGAUGAGUUGGAAGUCACCCUCACUGCCGCCACCGACAAUGCGCCGAAAGGACGGAUCAUUGACGACUCGGCUCGUGGGACCAUUUUCUGGGAAGUGGAAUCUUCCGAGGACGAAUAUUAUGCCGGCCAAGAUGUUGAGACCGGAAUCGAGGGUGCGGGAGCUGGCCUCAGCCCUCCACCUGCAUCCUCUCUUCCUCCAUCUGGCCCAGCUCCCACCAGCACCACCGCCGCCACUGCAACUACUAUCACCGUGGGGCCGAUGACUGGAGAUGAAGAAGAAACGCAGACUUUCGGCAAGCCGUUCCGCAUACAAUGGUUGUCGACUGAGCGGGUUCCAUUCCACCGCACGCGUGGGUUACGGAACCCUUGGAAUGCAAAUCGUGAGGUCAAAAUUGCGCGCGAUGGUACGGAGAUCGAAACGACCAUUGGCCGCAAACUGAUUUCUCUGUUCCAUUCCUCUUGA